AUGCUCUUCAGAUCACUCCUCCCACGCACCCUCCCACUCUACCUCUCCUCCUUCAAAUCCUACAGCACAAUGGCUUCAGCAGUCCCACCACAAUCCUUCCACCUCGAUCGCAGCAUCUGGAACGACACCCUCUACUCCCACAUCCGCUCCUUCUGGUUCGCAGGCCUCCCGCCAGGCCAGCAACACGGCAACGAGAUCACAGUAAAGAGAUGGUGGGGCGCAGGUCGAUCAGAAGAGGAGGCAGAGCAGAUUGAUGUGGAGUGUAGGGAAGCAUACAGCACAGCGUUGGAAUCAAUAGGACCUGACAGGAUCACUCUACCGCCGUGGAAAGGCUAUGCUGAAGAUUUAGCGCAUGCGAACGAAAUCGCUGCGCCAUUCAUCAGCGAAGUGAAGACAGCACAAUCUCAAGACGCAAAGAAAGGCGCAGACACCGCCCUCUCCCUUGUCCUGCUGCUCGAUCAGAUGCCCCGCAACAUCUACCGCGACCCAGCAGGUCUCCGCCUCGUCUACAACCACUACGACCGCAUCUCUUGGUCUUUGCUCCGUUCGCUCUACACCCUCUCCCCGAACCCCAUGCACCACUCCUCUCUCCGCGCAGCGACGGCGUAUAAAUACUGGUUCGGCUUGCCGUUGAUGCAUGCGGAAGAUCUUGAGUCGCAUAAGAUGGGAGCAGAGUUACUCGAUACCUUGCAGAAGGAGUGUGAAGAGGAUGGAGACCCUGCGUUGCUUGGGGACAUGAAGGCGAGUUUCAAGGCGUCCGCGGAUCAUAGGGAGGUUAUCGAGAGGUUUGGGAGAUAUCCGCAUAGGAAUGAGGCGUUGGGAAGGGAGAGUACGGAGGAGGAGAGCGAGUGGUUGAAGACUGGCGAGACUUUUGGGGUGAAGCAGAAGCAGAGGAAGGAUGAGCUAUGA